AUGCAAUUCCUGCCCAAUACAAUUACCCCAGGUUUUCACAUCUCCAUCCGAGUCAUCAACCAACCACCACCUUCUACUAGAAAUUAUCUUGAAACCAUCAAUAGUAAUGGCACUUUAAAUUUUGCCUAUGGGUCGAUCAUAACUCCACCACAAAACUAUGUUCAUGGAAUGAUCGAUGAAAAUGUCAUGACGGAUAUUCUAUCUCAUUUCUCUUUACAUUCUAUGGCUCCUCUUGAAUAUCACAUUGUUCAGAGAAUACUUGUUGGUCAACCGGUGUUUAUUAAAAUUCCAAACUCUACGGAAUAUGGUGGAUUAUUCGCAAACAAGUUGAUUGGAUUGGUGUUUCAAGUGAAAAAUGAUGUUUUAGUAUGUGUAGUUGUCAAGACAGAUGGCAGCUCUGUCGAUGAUUGUGCAAUUUCAAAAUUAUUCAAAAUAGUGCAAGGAGCUUCUGUAAUAUCAGAGGAUUCAUUGUUUUCGAGUGGAGAUGUAAAUAUUGGAAAUGAAAGACGUAAAUAUAUAUACUUUGUUCUUGGGGAAUUUCUCAACUGA